AUGGCCUCAUCGACUCCAGUCACUCCUAUCACCGUUCCCCGGCCCUCGUCCUCUCCUGCGUCCUCCCACUCCUCCUCCACCAUAGCCACAGUCGUCCGCUCCCCCGCCACUCGUCCCUCUGCCUCGCCAAGCUCUUCCUUCCCCGGCUUGCUUUCCGCCAUUCCGCCCUUUACACCCCGCCUCCGCCGAGAAAGUCGCUCGGUAACCAGCAGCAGUGUGCGAGCUGCCUCGCGCCAAGAGUCCGUCAAGGAGGACGUGGAGGUUGGAUCUCCUACUGGCGUAGCAACCAGUGGGGGUCUGUCUUCGCCCUCUCUUGGCGAGGGGGGAGGGGAGGGUGUAGAGAUCGGCUCGGUGGGCGUGACAACCGCUGAGCAGGUCUCAAGCCCUCCUCCCUACCCUCAGGGCGAGGCAGGAAUCGCUGCUGCUGCUGGGGCUGCUGAUGUGGAAGAGGACGAAGAGAACGCCGACGAUCCACCAGAUUUCUUCCAAGCCGAGGUGGAUGCCGAGACGUUCUUCAAUCGUGGUGUACGCCUCCUCCAUCUUACACAAGAAAACAUCAACGAGCUCGACCAACUCAGUGGUCUAGCCGGUGGUCGCCCGGCUGCGGGAGAGGCGCGUCGACGUCUCACUCUUGCGGGAGCAGAAUUGCAACAAGCUUUCAUCACUCUGCAUCAUGAAUUUGACCGAGAGGACGCUCAGAGGACUGCGCUUGUCAACCAGCUGACCGAGAACAACGUACGGCUUCAACGAGAUCUCCAUACGGCGCAGAUACAACAUCGUCUGCAACGAGAUAGGGGAGAUGCAAUGAACCAGCUUCGGAACCAACUUGAAGCACUCUUGCACCAAGCACGCGUUCAAAUACGACACCAGGAAAGGGAGAUGCGAGAAGCGGCACCAGGUAUCCAGCAGCUUGCUUAUGACCGCGACUUUGCAGCCAGAGAUGCCGAGCAUUUUGAACGAGAAGCAGAACAUCUCCGACUUAGAAACGCCCUGUUUGAACGAGAGCUUGUCCUCGCUACCGCCAGUGAAGCUCGUCAGCGAAGACACGCGGAAGAAAUGCAUACAGAGCUGCAUCGAUGGCACCGUAUGACUGUGAGAUUGAACGACGAGCGGAGUCCUGAACACCGAUACAAUCUGCCAUACAUUGCUCACUAUGACACCGCUGAUGACCCUGCUCUUGAAUAUGUAGCCGGCCAUGAAUUUGACGAGCCACUUCCUCCCCUCCCACCGUCACCAGUAGAGGGCCCAGAGGGCGGCAAUGAUCGUGACGAUGAAACAGUUGCACAACCCGAGGAAGCGAAUCAACUAGGCGGCGAAUUUGACCAGCAAGAGCAGACUGUGGCGGCUGCACUCGAAUUCGGCAAUCGACAUCUUCAAGAACAAGUCGAAGAGCAUUUUGAUGACUUUGACUCCGAUGUGGACUCGAAUGCGGACACUGUUGUCGGAUUUGAUUCUGAAUAG